GAUAAAAAAGCUUUUCCUGUAUUUUACAAGUGCACACGUCAGAUCUCCUUUCCCCAGUGCCUGUAAUACUCAAUUUUUCGUAAUAUGUAGAUUGGUUGUCAGUUAUCUUAUCUUGAAAUGUAAAUCUCAGGUGUAUGCAUAUAAAUGUAAAUAUACAAUUUAAAUACUUAUCUCAUUUUUGCGCGAUGAGUGCUUUAUUACAAAGAUGACCUUGAGUGCUGGCUUAUGUGAUUUUGAUGCACAUGUCGGUCCACGCGAGCACAGCAGCCCCGUAAAUUCACGAGGAGGUGGAAAAUUAUAUCGAGAGCGAAUUUGAAUCGACGAUCCGAGCGGCUGCUACGAUCAGCAUGACCACGGAAGGUGGCGCGCAAAACGAAGAGGGCAGCGGAGAUGAGAUCGGACACAAGCGCGACUGCCAAAAUUCGACAGGCAGCACGAUGCCUUCAGCCCCGAGCCAGCCCGGCCCCUUCAUCGGAGUGAUUGACGUCGGCACGCGAACUGUUCGGUUUGUUAUAUUCAAUGCGAAACACGUGACCGAAGUGCAGUCGCAUCAGAUCGACAUUGAGCAGCUGACCCCCCAAGAGGGAUGGGUCGAGCAGGACCCGAAGGAGAUCCAGUCGGCGAUCAAGGACUGCGUCGGCGAGGUGUUGAGAAAAAUGGCAGGGAGAGGCCUGGACGCGAGCAGCAUCGUCACCGUCGGCAUCUGCAACUCCCGGGAGACGACCCUCGUCUGGGACUCCAAGACCGGCGAUUCCCUCUACAAUGCCAUACUGUGGUCGGACAUACGGACGAACGAAAUGGUGGACCAAAUAACGGCCAAGUUCCCGGACAACGACAAAAACCACUUGAGGCCGAUUUGCGGGCUGCCAGUGAGCUCGUACUUUUCGGCCUUGAAAAUCAGAUGGCUCAUGGAAAAUGUACCUGGUGUCAGGAAAGCGAUGCGCAAACGUCGAUGCAUGUUUGGAACCAUAGACACGUGGCUAGUCUGGAAUUUUACUGGUGGCAAGAACGGUGGUCUGUACAUAACCGACGUGACGAAUGCAUCGAGGACGAUGCUGAUGAAUAUCGAGACGACGAAUUGGGACGUAACGCUCUGUCGAUACUUUGACAUUCCCAUGGAUAUUUUGCCAGAAAUACGCAGUAGCUCUGAAAUCUACGGGACCAUCAAACUCGGAGCGCUUGCUGGCAUUCCAAUUUCGGGGAUAUUGGGCAACCAGCAGGCAGCUCUUGUUGGACAGAAUUGUUUGAAGCAGGGGCAAGCAAAGAACACAUAUCGAAGCGGGUGUUUCUUGCUUUGCAACACCGGUACGCAACGGGUCUUCUCAUCCCAUGGCUUGGUAACGACAGUGGCGUAUCAACUGGGACCCAACAGUCCGGUUGUGUACGCCCUCGAGGGAUCGGUUGCGGUAGCGGGACUUGCGAUUAAGUGGUUACGCGACAAUAUGAGCAUGAUGAAGGACGUCCAUGAAAGUGAACACCUCGCUCAGAAGGUCUUGAACACGGGCGACGUGUACUUUGUUCCGGCUUUUUCGGGAUUGUACGCGCCAUAUUGGCGCAAGGAUGCUCGAGGCAUUAUUUGCGGGAUGACUGCCUUUACGACAAAGGACCACAUUAUUAGAGCAUCCUUGGAAUCGGUUUGUUUUCAAACUAGAGAUAUUUUAGAAGCCAUGUUCAAAGAUUGUGGCUUUCCGUUAACUAAACUCUACACAGACGGCAAAAUGUCGGUUAAUAGUUUAUUGAUGCAACUUCAAGCCGACAUUGCUGGUAUUCCCGUGUUUAGAUCUAUGGUUCCCGAUAUAACUGCCCUGGGGGCUGCUAAAGCUGCUGGAAACGCAGCUGGUAUUGGACUUUGGCAGUUGGAAGGAGCAGGUGUUGAAACAGUCUUGACUGACACAUUUUUACCUACAACGACCCUAGAAGAAAGAGAUGCAAGGUACAAAAAGUGGAAAAUGGCUGUGCAAAGAAGUCUUGGCUGGGCAUCCAUUAAGAUGUCUCCACAGAUGACUGAUGAGAGGUAUCGCAUAUUGGCAUCAAUACCUGCAAGCUGGUUCUUAAUGAGUAGUUUUAUGUUACUAAGUAUAAGCAUUUACUUAAACAGUCGGUGACGCAUUUAUUUUUGCAAUACGAAUCCACCAAUAAUUAUUAUAUACCUAUUUGUCAACUAGGCCAAUUAUUCGUGUAUAAAAAUGAAACCAACUGUAUAGCUAAAGGAAAAAAUAUUCAAACUAUGAUGUAAACUAGGCUGUUUUUAUAACACUUUACGCUAGAAUAUAGUUCGAUCGAUUUUAAUAACGAUGUAUAUACACCACUUAAUUGUUUUUUAUUUUAUGUUUUACGAAUUUUUAUAGAAUUUAUAGCGGCUAUAUUAUUCGGAUGGCAUACUGAAUUCGUAUUAAAAGAACUAUUAUUUUAUAAAAACAAGUGUUAUAUACUUUUCCAAGUAGUUUUCUUUUUUGUCAAUAGACUUACGAGAGACAAUUUUAUUGAUGUUUCAAGUUGUGUAGACAAUGAAAGCGCAACUUAAGCGUUAACCAUGCGAUUAUUAUAUAAUUAUGUUCAUUGUAAUGAUUAUAUCCCUUGAAUAAUAAUGGAUAAUGUGAUUGUUUUAAAUUACUUCAUAUUGAAAUAAAAAGUGUUACUGCAGCUUGUACAUAUUAGUUGUAUAAAAAUAAGUUGCCAUGAAUUAUCUUAAGGUCGAAUAAUUUUUAUUAUUUGUACAUUUCUGUGAAAUCAAUUUUUCAUUGUUUCAAUUAAUAACUUAAGAAUAAUUAACGACCUUACUUUUUUAUACAUACAUUGAUUGAAUAGUAAGUUGUUAAUUAGUUUUAUCGAAGUUUAUUUUCAAAUAAAACAAUUCCUACUUAGAAUGAGCACAAAAUAUUAGGUAAAGGAUUCAUUGCUCACGUCCUGUUCUUGCAGAUUACUUUUUGGUUGAACUGACAAUAGGUCAAUUGUUUGAGACUAUAGAUAUUAUCGUUAUGUGGACAAAAGAAAAUAAUUGACUACUUUUCAAUAGAAUAUAAAGAAAUAUGCAAAAGAA